GUCGAGGAUCAAUAUGAGGCAGUCAACGAUGUGCAUACUCGCAGUGCUGAUCGCCAUGGAGUGCUUAACCCUUGGCGGCACGGCGCCCAUCGGUGAGCAUCCGGAUCAUGCCGGUUGCGUACGGAUAACGAUCAUCAAGCGACCUUUGAGCACCACCACAAGAACGACAACAACCACAACAACCACAACCACUACGACCACAACAACCAGACCCACGACAAUGGCCACGGGCUAAAAAAGAAGCAGAUGGCAGAAAAAAUAAUACUUAUUCAGUGAUUAACUGCUGUGGCCAGCGGUGACUCAGAUUUCUUAGAUGUUUAAAAACUAGUGAUGACGAUAACCCCCGGUUAAAUUCUGUGGCUAGCGGUAAUCAAGAGAAAUUCCCAAGUUGACUGCCUUUAUUUUUUGAUAUUUACAAAAUUAUGAACAGGAAACAUAAGAAAUAAAAGCUUCAGUUCCAUUAAAUGGUAAAUUUAA